ACAUGGAGAGUGGAGCGGGGAAGCACUGGACUGAGGAGGAGGUUAAAGCCUUGCUAAGCAUCUGGUCGGAGAAGAGCAUCAGGAAACAGCUCCACGGCACCCUGAGGAAUAAAGGAAUAUUCAUCUACAUUGCCAAAAGGCUGCAGGAGUUAGGAGUUUGUAGAGAUUGGAAACAGUGCCGAGCAAAGUACAAAAACCUGAAGUAUGAAUACAGAACGGUUAAAUACGCCCGUAACUCCGGGGAUGCCACUAAAACCAUGAAGUUUUUUCAUGACCUGGAUGCCAUACUGCGAUGUGAGCCUGUCGCACACUUGGCUGCCGAGGGGAACGCCAGGUGCUCCACCACCGAGGCACGGCUCAACGCCAGUCCCACCGCAGACAGCAGCCAAGGUGAAUUAUCAGUUUCUUUAGAAGACGAUGAGGAUGCACCAGGAGAUCCACUACUUUUUAUGUCACAUGUCAGACCAGUUCAACUAGGUAAUCCACUGCCAGCAGUAGAGGCUUCCAAAACACCGGCUUUCAUUCCAACAGUAGCAAAUGAAGGAGGAAAACAUUGGACUGUUAAUGAAGUCAGAGCUCUGAUACACAUAUGGUCAGACAAAAAUAUCCAGCAACAACUGGAGGGGACAGUGAGAAAUAAAAGAAUAUUUGAACAGGUUGCUGCUAGACUUCAAAAGUUCGGAAUUGACAGGGACUGGAAGCAGUGCAGGACAAAAUAUAAAAAUCUGAAACAUGAAUACAAGAGCAUAAAAAAUGGCCAAGACUCAGGGAGUACAAGUAGAAGCAUGAAAUUUUUUAAUGAACUGGAUGCUAUUCUGGGGCAUGGUACCAUGGAACGAGCAAGUAAAUCAGAUAAUGAGGAAAGUGAGAGGCCUCCAGAGUGGACAGAAGCAAAAUCAGGAAAGGACUCCAUAGAAAUACCUGGAGACACAGGUGAAGAGGACUCUGUUAGUAAUUUGUCUGAAGACCUACAGGUUGCAGAUGUAAAGAAAGUUUCUGAUUCAGAAAUCCUUGAAGAUGAGGAGGACUUCAGCAAUUCCACCCUGGCAGCUCUGGAAGCUACACAAAUAAAGAAGGAGACAAUUGAUAUAGAUGAUGAUUCUGUAAGCUCUACCUCAGAAGACAGAUCAUGUACGCCGCUAGCAAAACAGAUAGUUGGGACAGAUAAUCAUAUCCCCUUGGAAGAAGCACAAAAUCACUUUAAAGUUAUCACAGUUAAUGAUACUGGAGCAGGAAAGCACUGGAGUGACAAUGAAGUCAGAGCUCUGAUAAAUAUAUGGUCAGAUGAAAAGAUACAGCAAAUGCUUGAAGGGGCAACAAGAAAUAAAGAAAUAUUUGAGGAAAUUGCCAGAAGGUUAAUGAAAUGUGGAAUAGACAGAGACUGGAAACAGUGUCGCACCAAGUACAAGAACCUAAAAUAUGAAUAUCGUGCACUGCAGAAAGAAAAUGAACAUCUUGGUAAUCCCAGGAGGAAAAUGAGAUUUUACGAUGAAGUUGACUGUAUCUUAAGAAGACAGCCUCUAGGUCCAUCAGGCUGGGGAUGUGAAAGUUCAAGCCUCCUGUCAGUUUCAGUGGGAGAUGUUACAGCAAAUGCAGGAUCCUUGGGUAUCAAGAGAAAAACAUGGAAUGAUGAGAUGUCACCCAUUCCACUUAAGAAAAGUGCUUCUGAAAACACCAUAUUCCAGUUUCAAAAACUAUUUACAGAGAGAGUGAACACAGUAGCAGAAGGCAAAAAGUUACUAUUAGAAAGGCUUUGUAAGCAGGAAGAAAUGCAAGACCUCAACAGAACACAGCUGUAUGCACAUCCUUCAGCCAUGCAACAGAAAACAUGUUUGCACGUGCCAUAGAGCAGGAUUUAUCUAACAAACAAAUGUGCAAAGAAGGUGGAUCUGCUUUUGUGUAUUCUGCUUUGUGACUACAAAACAUAGCUUAUUUUCUAAAAUUGUUUUAACAUUCUUUAUCAUUCUUUUUUGCCAUUCACAUUUAUUCUCAGUCAGUAGUGGCAUGAGAUCAAAUGUAUAGGGCCAUUUGGCAUCAUCUAAUAUUUUCUUGCUACACCCACUUACUUGUUACAAUUAACCUGAAUAUAUAGGAAGAUUAGACAGAUAAAUCCAAGUGGUGUAAGGAAAGUCCUUCUUCAUUGCAGCUGUGGUUAUGAUUCAACAUCAUUUUUUGGUUAGAGACAAAAUAACAUGAAUGUUCCACUUAGUUGUGUAGAGCUAUGGUCUGUCACAUUUAGACAGCAUCACCGAGGGUAGUGACAAUGGGCCAAAUCAAGUAUCACCAAAAUGAAGGAUUUCUCAAAAAAAGUCCCUUGAAAUUAGCAAUUACUUAGGCCAAUAUUCUCAUCCUUUGAGAGUAUUUUUACAUCCACUUGAGCUUGUGCUGUGGCUCUGCUCUGCUUUAAACUUAUAAUAAUCACACAAUAUGUAGUCUAGGCACACUUACAAGUUGAAUGGAACCUGGGGUACUGACACAUGCUAAAUGUUAGGUGUGAGAGCACUGCAAGAAAACUGAAAGGGCUUGGGAAGUACAACUGCUUAGAAUCACGCUCUUAGGAACUGCAGUAUGGUUCCUGUUCAGCAGCAUGGCCAGACCAAGUUGUUCACAUAUAACUACUCUGAUAAUCUAAUAUAAACUACUCCAUAGAAAUGAUCCAGUUGAAAAAUCAAAACCAACAUCAAAGAAAUGAUGGGAGUAACAGCAAACCUAUAAAAAAACAGAGAUCUUUGCUCUUCUCCCUUCUCAAAUAUCCAUGCUUUUGCCAGAGGACCAUUCAGAAUAGCAUAAGGACAAAUCCAUUUCUUCCCCAGUUUGCAAAUCACAGAAUCACAGAAUGGCCAGGGUUGGAAUGGACCUCAAGGAUCAUGAGUUUCAACACCCCUGCCACAUGCAGGGCCACCAACCUCCUCACUUAAUACUAGACCAGGCUGCCCAGGGCUCUAUCCAACCUGGCCUUGACAACCUCCAGGGAUGGGACAUCCACAACCUCUCUCUGUAAAGAACUCUCACCACUCUCUGUAAAGAACUUCCCCCUGACAUCCAACCUAAAUCUUCCCUCCCUCAACUUAAAACCAUUUCCCCUUGUCCUGCUGUUAUCUACCCUUUCAAGGAGUUGAUUCCCCUCCUGCUUGUAGGCUCUCUUCAGGCUGCAAUGAGGACACCCCACUGCCUUCUUCAAAUGAGGAUAUUGAUUUUUUUGAGGUAUAGCAGAUAAACAUCACAAUCACCUCUCUGAUCUAUAUUAAGUGUUCAGUUCACCUCUCAAACACACUUAUUCUGAUAUGAAUGGCUCACUUUAUAUGCCUUUGAUAGGGCUACUACAUCGCAAGGAAUGCCCCAUUUAGAUUUCCUGGUAGACCAAACUACAUCUGGGACAAAUGCAUGGAGAAUGGGCUCCACUGAGCAGAAGUACUUGCUUUCUGGGUGGAUCCACAAUCACCAUUGUUGCUUAAAAUGCGCUCUCCUCCAGACUCCCACCUUUCUUCUGCAGCAAAGUAAUCUUUGUGCUGGUACAAGGACUCGUGCUCAAGCGAGUUGUCCAACCAUAAAUUCUAAUCUGAUAAAAAGCCCCUCCAAACAACUCUGUGUUGCUGGUUUUGUUGUUGUUGCUGCUGCUUUUUUUCCCCUUAAGAUCAAGAACAGGAAUGCAAGACAUGUCAGAAAGAGCAGCCAAGAUAGUCUGUUUUACCCAAACCUCCUGUGUCAUGUACAAGCCUCCGUCCAUGCAUCAGGCUCUAUUGUGAAGUAUGGCAAGUCAAGCCAACCAAGAGCAAUCCUGUGAAAAGAACUGGAGAGCUGUAUCACACCUGCAUGGAUGACUUAACUGAAGACAACGAGAAGAAAAAUUAACAGUUUCACUCUCACUCCAUGGCUAGGUUAACGUGAUGGAAUUAAAUUCCAUUGGCCACAAUGAACAUAACAGCUGUUCUGAAAGAUCUUCAUUUAAUAAACAUUUCACACCACUUCCCUCCUGUUUUUCCCACUGCUUAUGUUAUUUCAUUCCAAUUGCUUACUCUACAUCCAGAAAUAAGACCUAAGGCUGAGCUGCAUUUUGUGAAAUGAGCAUUAGAUUUCAGUGAUUUUAACUUACAACAUAAACCUGCCUUCACUUUCCGGAAAUCAGCAUGCAGGAAGUUAUACAAAAGCAGAGCAGAGCAACAGCUCACCACACCCAAAGGUCUCCAUUCUCCUCUUCCUGCAGUAGUGAGGGUUGGAACAUAUAAUUGUCCACAUCUAGCAGCACAGAAUGGCCUAUAAACUUACACCAAUCUUAACUGAAGAUGAAGUGUUAGUACAUCUACAUGCAGUAUGUGCCUCUGAAAGUACUCAGGAAUGCUUAACCAGCACAUGCAGCAUAAAUUUGCUGUAAAAUAUCACAAAGGGUCAAAUAAUUACUAGACAAAUAUCUUUCCCAGCAUAUUCCACAGGUAAUGUAUAUAGAAAUAAAAAAAACCUGGCAUUUAGACAAUUAAAACAUUAACAAUACUACUUUCACCUCUUAGGAUGGAGGAUGUGCUUAAGUUAAAUAUACUGAAGGUUAAAUAUACUACAUAGCAAAUUAUAAGGAUCACUACCUGUAACACAUCCAUGCUCCUCAGAAAAUUCCCAUUCAAAUACUGCUGAGUCCAAUUUGCUCCAGUAAGACUCACAGUGUAAGAUGGGAUACCAAUAGCUUGCUAAAAAGCCUUUAAAAAUCCAUCUUGCAGUGAACAGGAUGCAUAGAAAAGGUAGAUAAUGAUAUUUGAUAUGCUAUACUGAUUACAGAUAUUAGAAAGAGUGGCUAAUUGGAGGCAACAAGUAAUUCCACAGGAGAGAAAAUGAAGUAAAAAUUCUAAACAUAAAAUGGUGAUCGUUUUGGCAAUACUGCGUGAGUUUUAAUAGUGGAGAGUAAGAGGGAAGAUAUUAGAAAAGCAUGGCUUCUUCUCCAUUUACUUUCAUUCUCCUAACAAAUCCCAUGCACAGACCCAGCUGAACUGGGAUAGGCAGGAUUCCCUUAUUUAACCAGGCUUCCACCUGCACAGAAGAGGACUUUCAAAGACUUUGUUAAAAAAUCAGUUUCGGUGUAUGGCAUUACUGCCAAAAAUAUUUCCCAGAGAAUUUUGCAAAAAGUUAACAGAAAUCACACUUGUUCCAAGGUUAAUGUUGCAAAUUUGUCCUGGUCAAGGACUUCAAUGACGUUUAAUAGAUUUGCAACUCAAAGUACUCGUCCUCCCUCUCUCACUGCCCCCAAGAAAAUCUUCUCCUUACCAAUAUGCUUUAACUUGACUUUGGCACGCUGUCGGUCAAUUUUACAGUGACUUUGUUCUCUAGCUUACUUUUCAUAAAGAUGACUUAGAAUACCUGUUUUUAAGUUUUCUUAGUGUUAAAUCCAAAGUAACAGUUUUAACUUCAAUAGCCUUAAAGUUUUGUGUUUAAUGAGAAUUCACUGCUAAUUCACGCAGCUAUAGAAUGUGCCAAGAUCAGAUGAAAAUGGCUUAAAAAUGGUUUUAAGUUAAAUUGGGACUGUGUUCUUAGUGCAGGGAAGGCCUUGAUUAGUGUGCAAGUAGGAAUACACUCAGUUUUUGUUUCAGUUCACAGUACAUGACCAUAAAGUAAAGCCAAUAAAAAGCCAUACACUGCCUUCUGCUUUAAAGAAGUGCAAAUUUAAGCUCCAAAUUCAGGCAGCUGUUUUUUCAUUAGAGAGGAAAAACAAACAAACAAACAAACAACUUAGAAGUUGUUGCUCACGUCAAUGCAAUGAGAUCCCAAGUCUGUCUUUCAUGUUGUGCCUGCUUGUGGGCUCACUGCAGAACCCAGCUGACACAUAUACCUGACUUCAUGCAGAUGAGUUUCAGUGGUAGAAAGAGCACCAUUCAAAUAAAUGCAUUUGAACUCAUGCUAAAAUAUUUUCCUGGAGCAAUCCAGUGUACUGAGUUUUAAGUUUUCAGUUGCAAAGAUCCUCACUGAAGUAAAUCUCUCCAGUGUCUGACUAUCUUUCUAACACUGUAAAAAUCUCACCUCAUUUUAGGCCACUUAGCACAAAAAGCAAAGCCCUUCACAUUGCUGAAAACAACUGUAUCAGGACAUUAAGCACAAAGAAUUCAUGCCAUGUGUUCUUGUGUCAUGUAACAAAAACUCUACGCGUACAGAUAUGAUUUCAAAGACCAGAAAUUAUAACAACUUCCCAAUAGCUUUCUCUUUUUUUGUGGGUCAUCUCAAGAAUGCCUGAAGAUCCUAAUUUUUAAAAUCCAAGAUGAAUCAAAGGACAAUUUCUGACAUGUAUAGCACAGGAAUAAUCAGCAAUGUAGAAGAAUUGUGACUGCACCCAUCUCAAGCCAGUAGUCACUACCUACACAUCCCCACUAAUUUCAAUGUGAGGCCUGAAGACUAUAUGUUCCAUUGGACAAUGAAAGCUCUGUUAGUUGCUGAGGGCAUGGUCAGGACCAUCCAUUAAUAUUUACUGCAUCCCUUUCAUAUUUAACCCCCUCAAAAGGAAUAUGGCUAAGAGACACUUCUUAGCUUUUCAGUUUAAAAGAACAGUCUUAACAGAUUUUACCAAUGCAGUAUAUACUAUAUAUAUUUGAUUCUUGGUUUUCAAGAAGUGUUCCAAAAAGAAGUAAGAACAAAUUUGGUACCCUAUUAUCUCUGGAAAGGGGAUGGAACCUUUCACUACACCUCACAGCAGAAUGCUAAGGAGAAAUACAGAGAGAAUGGACAGAAAUGGUAAAGAAGGAAAGGGGAAAGUUAGCAUCUCAGCUAUACAACACUUCUAUUGACUGCUUGCAAACGUGUAACAAGUUACAUGGACUUUCACUUUACAGUGAAAAUAAGCAAGUUUCCUUUUACAUAUGCAUCAAAAUUUAUGUCUCCAAGAAAGCAGCCUUUAAAAUCUUUUACUUAUAUUGAGCUAAGAUCAGAAUCAGAGGCAGGGUUCGUAUGCCUUUAUUCUGUAGUUUUGUAUAACUUGCAAACUGCUUACAGCUUCAGCCACAAUAUUAGUAUUACUAUCAUAUAAGAUGCCACAGGAGAUGUUUGAUAUUAAAGAGCUCAUGGAAAUCAAAUAGAGCUGUCAAGUAUCCAUUAGAAAAAGAGAGGAAAAAAACUAUUUUUUGAAAAUUGUGAAACAAGGUUGCAGCAAACAUUGAGAGAGUACGUUGCAAAGUGACGAAAAUACAUCGUUUUAUUUCCAACUAAGAAACUUCAUCCAUGUCCAGCAGUGUGACUAUAAGCAUAAAUGAACUAGGAUGCUUUUCCAGGCUCUUUACAGAAAAAUGGCUCAACCAAAAAUGAGGCCACUGAUCACAUGGCUUCAUUCCUUGCAUUCUGUAGCUUUAUCAUUCCCAAUAAAAAUGAUUUUGAUGGACACUGACAAACAUGUAUAGUUCACAAAUGAUACACCUGCAACCCAAAGAAGACUGUUAGGAUGUAAUUGUGAUGUAGGGGUGCAGCAUUUUACCUGUAAUGUAUAUGAGACUCAGAUCUAACAGAAAAACUGAUUGUGUUUUCUACUGUUGAUCCAAACCAAAUUCGGAGCAACCCUUACAUGUUUGUGACCUCAAAAAUGUAGAGAACAAAUUUGUGCAUGUGUACUUAGAGCAGCACGCCUUCCCGAGUUGCCAUGCAUGUGAAUGUUGCCUACCGUCCAUCAAGAGGAAGUUAAGCAAUAUUGUGCAGGUGUUCGCAGGCCAGCAGCCAGACGCAGCAUGUGCGUGUGAGCCUGUGCGGGUGCUCCCACGAGGAGGUCGCACUUUCCACAAUGAAUCGCAGCGAAGCAGCUUCCUUUACACAGCCAUAUGUCUC